AUGAUGGAAUGCGGAUCGUCAUCAUCAUCGCACACCAACGUGCUACAUCUGUUAGCUGCCAGUAGGAGCCCGACAGCAUUGGAUGCCAUCCAGAAUCUGUUGAAAACAGGGCAACGGCAUGUCAACGAACGUGAAGCGGAAGGCUUAACAGCACUGCAUGUGGCCGCUGCUUGGGAUAAUUUGGCCAUCUGUCAGCUACUGAUGUUCUACGGUGCCGAUCCUUUCCUGCCGGAUGAUAAUGGAAGGUGAUA